GUCACCACCUCCGCUGCAAAAUCUUAUGAUAUAUCACCUUGUUCUGACCCUCAAUUGAAGAAACAAAAGGAAGCUGCGGAGGACACAACUCGAUCAAUCAACCACACCUUCCGAAAUCCCCACAUUACACUUACCCCACCCCAGCAUCAUCACCCUUCACGGAAAUCCAUUUCCUGCACGCUUCACCUCCUUGAAUUUCUUCUCCCCGCACUCUCCCCCAACUCAACAACAAUCCGAUCUUCCAACAUGGAUCCAGCACACGUUAACGUCCCUGCAAUGAUGGACCUAACCAUCGACAACAUCACCGAUAACACCGUGAUCAUUAAUUCGCAAGGCUCAGAUCAGCGCCUCACUUACGUGAUGGAGCGCCUCGUUACACACCUGCACGAUUUCGCGCGGGAGACGAGACUGAGUACAACCGAGUGGAUGGCGGCCUUGAACUUCUUGGUGAGAGUUGGGCAGAUUAGCAGCGAUGUGCGACAUGAAUUCAUCCUCCUCUCCGACAUCCUCGGCCUCUCCCUCCUUGUCGACGCAAUCGACCACCCCAAACCCCCCGCGUCAACAGAGGGCUCGGUCCUCGGCCCCUUCCACACCCACGAAGCAGAAACCAUACCCAACGGGGACUUGAUGUCUCACGACCCCGAAGGGGAGCCUUGUCUCGUUCUCUGCUCCAUAAAAGACGUGUCCGGGAACCCAAUUGAGGGCGUGAAGAUCGACAUCUGGGAGACGGAUAGUACAGGACAUUAUGACGUUCAACACAGCAAUAGACAGGGGCCCGAUGGGAGAUGUGUGAUGAAUAGCGACAAGGAGGGCGUGUUUUGGUUCAAGGCAAUUGUGCCGGUGCCGUACCCGAUUCCCCACGACGGGCCGGUUGGACAAUUGUUGAAGUUGUUGAAGAGACAUCCGUGGCGGCCGGCGCAUAUGCAUUUUAUGUUUGAGAAGAAGGGGUGGGAUCAUUUAAUUACUGCCCUUUACAUCCGCAACGACCCAUACGAGACCUCAGAUGCCGUCUUCGGCGUCAAAAAAUCCCUGAUCGUCGACUUCAGCACCGCUGAUGCUGCCAUUGCACAGAAGUACGGAGUCAAAGAAGGAAGCAAAGUUUUGAAACAUGAUUUCGUGUUAGUGGAUGAGAAGCAGACGGAACGAUUGAGAGAUGAGAAUGCGUUGAAGGCGAUGAAAAAACUGGGAAGGAAGGUCAAGUUAUUGAAUCACCUGCCAGUGCCGGAUGUUGAUUAGACUCUUAUGCACAAAAUUUUCAUUAAUGCUAGCCUUCAAGUGCAGUUCGAGAGGGCAAUGCUGAGAAAUAUGAGAGGAUACUAUGCUACCUGC